AUGGAUGGGAGAAGUGUUUGGUAUGAAGAGGAUACUGAGACAAGCUUGUAUCACCCUCCAAAGCGACAAAAGACUGUCCACCUUGACAGUUCAUCCACCCCACGGCACGAAGAUUAUACCAUCGCCUGGGUCUGCGCGCUGCACAUAGAGAUGGCAGCAGCUCGGGCCAUGCUGGAUGAGGUCCACGAAUCCCUACCCAGGCAUGCAGAGGACAGCAACACCUAUGUACUGGGAAGCAUCAAGCAGCACAAUGUUGUCAUUGCGUGCUUGCCAGCAGCCCAGUGUGGAACGAACAACGCGGCGAAUGUCAUGACCAAUAUAAAGCGAACCUUCUCCGCUAUCCGCGCGGGCUUGCUGGUCGGGAUUGGUGGCGGCGUGCUGAGCAAGGGUGAUGUGCGCUUAGGUGACGUUGUCGUUGGAACAAGGGUGAUGCAGUAUGAUCUUGGGAAAGUCGUUGGAAAUGGACAGCUCCGACGAACAGCAAUCCCUAGGAUUCCUCCCCAUUUGCUUGGGACAGCUGUAUCUGCCCUCCGUUCGAAACAUGAGCUGAACCCCAGUCGGGUCCCAUCCAUCCUACGGCUGAAGCUGGAAGGACACCCUGAAUACGGUCGCCCAAGCUCCCCGGAUCGACUUUUCCACGCGACGUAUGAGCAUGAAUCCACAACGGCCAGCUGUGAUGGGUGUGACCAGUUGAAGCUGGUUCCACGAAGCAGACGGAUGUCGGACAAUAUCAUGAUUCAUUACGGCGCGAUCGCCUCAGGGAACCAAGUCAUGAGAAGCGGCACUACCCGGGACAACAUUGCUCGAGAAUUAGAUGUCAUAUGUUUUGAAAUGGAGGCUGCUGGACUGAUGGACAUUCUCCCUUGUCUCCCAAUUCGGGGAAUAUGCGAUUACUCAGAUUCUCACAAGAGCAAGGAAUGGCAGAGGUAUGCUGCAGCAACCGCGGCCGCAUACGCCAGGGAAUUACUCGAGGAGCUACCCGUGGCCAAAGCGCAUGCAAAAUUUACCUGCAUGCCCAAUACUCAUCAAUGUUCAUUGCAAGAACACCGUUGGCGCUUGCUGGAUUGCCUUAGGUUCGCGCAAAUGGAUGCUCGGAAAUCAACUGUCAGAACCGCCCUCGCCAAAACAUGUCGAUGUGGCAAGCCUGGCGCGGGCAAGUCGACCAUCAUGAAGUUCACAUACUCAAGUAUGAAGAGCAAAUCCCGCAACAAGGAUGUUAUCACUGCUUCCUUUUUCUUCAACGCUCGAGGCGAAUAUCUGGAAAAGUCAAUCUCAGGGAUGUACCAAUCAUUGCUGCUCCAGCUGCUUGAAGGGUACCCUGAUCUCCAGGCGGUUUUAGAUGACCCUGACAUUAAUUCUCAGAAUCAGAAUGGAUGCCCUUCCUUGGACGUUCUUAAGGGCCUCUUUCGCAGCGCAGUUUCCACCCUCGGUCAACGUUCCUUUAUGUGCUUCAUCGAUGCUCUCGAUGAGUGUGGCGAACAACAAGUUGUGGACAUGGUCCAAUACUUUGAAGAGCUGGCAGAACAAUGCACGAAUAUAGGCGUCCUACUCCGGAUCUGUUUCUCCAGUCGACAUUAUCCCUACAUAGUUAUUCGACGGGGAGUCCGACUUACACUGGAGGACCAGUCAGGUCAUGGCAACGACUUGGCAACCUUCGUCGCAAGCCGCCUCCAAAUCAAAGAUCCUGUACUUCUCGAAGACCUGCAAAGUCAACUUCUCAGGAAAGCUGCGGGUGUUUUCAUGUGGGUAGUCCUAGUCGUCGAUAUCCUGAACAAGGAAUAUCGGCAUAAUGGACUGGCUUUGAGAAACAGACUCGCGGAACUACCUAGCGAUUUAAGCGAGCUGUUCAAGGACAUCCUGAGACGCGAUAAGGAGAAUAUGGUGGGUCUCCGUCUUUGCAUCCUUUGGAUUCUACUUGCAAAACGGCCUUUGCAACCGCAGGAGUUCUACCAUGCUCUCUGGUCUGGUUUGGCACUAGAAGAUCAGGCUGAUGAGCAAAUCCCUGAUGUCGGCGUCCCAGGUGCCUCAGGCAGCCUUAGCAGACUCAACAGAUGUGUUAUCAGCAACUCAAAAGGUCUUGCUGAGGUCACAAAAUCUAAGCAACCAACGGUUCAAUUCAUCCAUGAAUCCGUCCGAGACUUCCUCGUCAAAGAAAGGGGUCUACAUGAAUUGUGGCCUGACCUUGGAUUUGACUGGGAGAGCUCAAGCCAUGAGACACUCAAAAAAUGUUGCGACUCAUACUUGAAUCAUACCUCAGUGCGUGUGUCUGUUAGUAAGGUGCUGUCACACAGACAUGACCUGCAAUCAGGCAUGUUAAAUGAGUACCCGUUUUUGGAGUAUGCCAGUCAGCAUGUUCUCUAUCACGCCAACGCUGCGGCCGGAGCAGUUCCUCAAGACGAGUUCUUAUCUUCUUUUUCCAUGUCCCACUGGAUCAGUGUCAACAAUAUUUUUGAAAAGUUCAAGGUUCGUGGAUACAGCUCAAAUGCGAGUCUCUUCUAUAUCCUCGCGGACAAAGGAUUCCCGGAGCUCAUCCGCACAAGACUCAAAAAGGAUCCGCAUAUUCAUGUUUCUGGAGAGAGAUACGGAUAUCCGCUGUUUGCUGCUUUGGCCAACGGUGACAAAGACGUUGUUGCUACUGUUCUAGAAUCGCCGUCAAGUGCGUGCAGUGAAGUUGAUACCGAUGGCCUGAACUACAGGAAAGACUUGAAACAAUACGCAAAACGAACACCACUAUCCUGGGCUGCGCAGGAAGGUCGAAUAAGCAUUGUCAAGCUGCUUCUCCAGACGGAGACGACCGUUGAUGGCAUGGAUGCGAAGUGCAGAACACCACUCUCACGGGCCUCGGAGAACGGGCAUGAGGCAGUGGCUGAGCUGCUUAUUAGCAAGGGAGCAGAUGUCAAUGCCAAGGAUAAUAAAGGAUGGACCCCACUCUUCCAUGCCUCAGAGAAGGGCCAUGAGCUGGUAGCUAAGCUACUUAUUGACAAGGGUGCAGAUAUCAAUGAAAUGGCAGAUGGCAGCGCUCAUCGGCUCCAGAUCAAGGUCAAGUCCGACAGCCGUCCGGUGUCGUAUACGGAAGACGGUCUCAUAUUUGAGGAAGGGACUCAUCUCCCGGUCGAUGUAGUUGUCUAUGCCACCGGAUUUACAGGGAACUUCCGGGACUCGGUGCAAGAAUACUUUGGCGAGGAGAUCCACACGCAGGUGGAGGAUGAUUGGGGCAUUAACCAGGACGGCGAUGUCAAGGGCGCUAUGUACCUACUGGAUAUCCGGGUCUAUGGUAUGUGGGAGGAGGGAUGGGCCAAUCUGGCGACAACUGGAAAGGAGGCGAGAAAGAUGAAGGCUAUUCAGCUCGGCCAGCUGUCCGAUUUCAAGCAAUCGCGCUAUGUAAUUCAUCUCUCCGACGGCAAGCGUCUGGUGUUGUUCCGCUUGCCGACUAUCGAGUCUUCCAAAGGCAGCAGCCCGGCGGCAAAUGAAACGGAGGAUGGCUGGUGCUAUUAUGCCAUGGAGGCCGAAUGUCCUCAUGCUGGAGGGCCUAUGGAAGACUCCCACGUCGAUAUUGAGGAUUCCGCCUACAUUGCCUCGUGUCCGUGGCAUGCGUACGACUUUAAUGUCGAGACGGGGGAGUCGAGUGUGGGCAUCAAAGCAUGCACUUUUCCUGUGAAGUUUGGUGAUGGUCAGGUCACUGUGCAGUAUCCGGGCGAUGGUUCUCUGGUGCGACUCGACCCCGUCAGCGAGAAGAUCAAGCUCAAGAAAGGCUCUGCCUCGGAUCGUCCAACCGUACAGCCCCUGUCGCAACAGACGACACCGGCCAAGUACCUUGAUGAGGAUGCCACAUUAUGUGACUGGGCCGCUCAUAUCCUGAAUACCUCAAAUCACGAACACAAGAUCGAACUGACUGCUCACUUGUACGCUACAUUCACCGAAAGAGAGAAGACCGCUUCGCCGAUGCCGAUUGGCAGUGGCUCGGUCACGCCUCCUGAUCAACCACCACGUGACGGGUUGUUGACUGUGGAACCUCGAUCGAUGCCCCGCGCGGGAAAAGGUGGAACGCUGAAAAGCCGCAUUGCGAUGCUGCAUGCGCUGGCCAACAUCGAACUCUGGGCGAUCGAUCUCGCCGUCGACAUCUGUAUCCGGUUCGCAGCCUUUCAAACGCAGCCGCAAGCGGGAGACACUCCCCGGGGCCUCCCUCGAACGUAUUUCCACGAUUGGCUGAAGGUGGCCAACGAUGAAGCUAAGCAUUUCUCCCUCCUUCGCACACGAAUGGAAGAGAUGGGCUCCUACUUUGGUGCAUUGCCCGUGCAUCAUGGUCUGUGGGAUUCCGCAACGGCCACAGCUCAUGAUCUGCGAGCCCGGAUUUCCGUCAUUGCACUGGUACAUGAGGCUCGCGGCCUCGACGUCAAUCCCAUGACAAUCGACAAGUUUCGUCGGGUGGGGGACACCGAAAGUGUUGAGGCGCUUGAGAUUAUUCACAACGACGAGAUCACCCAUGUAACGACGGGGCAUCGCUGGUUGACCUGGAUCUGUCAGCAAGAAGGCACGGACCCAAUCCACGUCUUCCGCACUAAUGCACAGAAGCAUUUUCGAGGGGCCUUGAAGGAACCAUUCAACCAUGAGGCGAGGACGCAGGCCGGCCUGAAUCGGCAAUACUAUGAGAAUUUGAUGGGACAAAGUGACAUUGCUGUCAACUGA